CUGAUUUCUGAAUCUGAUAUCUCCGUUCAAAAAGCAGAUCAGUUAACAGUAAUCGAAGCUUUUUAUCUCUGGGUCUCUGGGAAAUCGAAAGAUUUUUAGGGUUUCAAAAACCUCAAAGCAGAGCUUAUCCAUUUUCUUUUGAAUUUUGCAAGGUUCCAACAAAAUUGAAAUGAAGAACCCUUCUUUUUUAAUUUCUAUUUAUUUUUCUUAUUUUUGCUGGCAAUGCAACUGAUAUUAGUUGGAUCUGUUGCGUCCAGAUGUCUGUCACUAUAAUCUAUGGUUGUUGAUUCUUUGUACGCAUGAACGAGCUCUCGCUCUCCAAUUGUCUAUCCUAAAAUAGCAGAACUGAGAAAUUACAUGAUUUCUUCCUUUAGGAGCUCAGAAACUGUUACUCCUCCAAUGUCAUGGAACACAAGUACAAGCUCAAAGUCGUUCUGAGCUUAAUCUCUACAACCUUUCUCAUUGCUCUCAUAUGUUUGAUUUACUUCUGGCGAAAGAGAUGGGCGAGAGGUCAGACUGGAGAGAAGGACAACCUCGAGUACAAGGAAGAGUACAUACUAGAAACAGAAGGUUUGAUCGGUUUUCCAGGUGGUGAGAACCUCACCAUUCAUGAUAUCUUGGACGCUCCCGGAGAAGUCGUCGGGAAAUCGAGUUACGGGACACUGUACAAAGCUAGUUUACAGAGGCAUGAUUCAGUGAAGUUGCUUCGGUUUCUCCGGCCGGCGUGCACAGCAAGGAUGAAGGAAAUUCUUCAUGCAAUUCAGAUGCUGGGGUACAUAAGGCAUCCGAAUUUGGUACCCCUUCAGGCCUUUUAUGCGGGAACGAGGGGAGAGAAACUCUUCGUCCAUCCCUUCUUUAGCCGCGGUACUCUGGCUCAGUUCAUUCGAGGUGGAGAUGGUGAAUCACACAAAUGGGGCAUCAUUUGUAGGAUCUCCAUUGGUAUUGCCAGAGGACUGGAUUAUCUUCACACUGGAUUGCAGAAACCCAUUAUUCAUGGAAAUCUCAAGUCAAAGAACAUUUUGCUAGAUGGAAAUUACCAACCGUAUGUGUCAGAUUUUGGCCUUCAUCUCCUUUUGAAUCCAACUGCAGGCCAGGAAAUGCUUGAUGCUUCUGCUGUUCAGGGAUACAAAGCCCCUGAACUGAUCAAGAUGAAGGACGUAAGUAAAGAGAGUGAUAUCUACAGUCUUGGGGUCAUCUUACUUGAAUUACUUACCAGGAAGGAGCCCAUUCUUGCAAACUCAUCACCAGCUCAGGAUCUGUAUCUGCCAAGUGCCAUGAGAAAUGCAAUUCUUGAUCAUAGGCUCUCAGAUGUAUUUCAUCCCAGCUUACUUAUUAACCAAAGCAAUGACCAGAAGUCAGUCAUGGAAGAGCACCUUCUCAUGUUCUUUCAGUUAGCAAUGGCUUGUUGUUCUCCUUCCCCAACUUUGAGACCGGAUAUCAAGCAAGUUCUUACAAAACUUGAAGAAAUUGGACAAUGAGAGCUGUUGGAUUUAGUAUACGAUGAUGACCAUUGAUCACUAUUAGAGAUGAUUUGAAGUAGAAAACUAAUAUUUCAAUAAUCUAAUCUCAACAGAGUUGGUGGCUACUGGCCACCAAAGCGAUGAUGACUUAGUGUGACAGGGAAGGUUGGGCAUUCCCCUCGAGCUAAAAUGGAAAACUUAAGCAGUCUGAGGAUGAUGGUAGAGUUGGUGAUUGGACAUGUCAUGUUCAAGGUUUUGUUUGGUUUUCCAAGUAAAGAACACAAAAGGAUUGUGAUCCCAGCUUGGAAAGCUACUGAUGAAUAAUUCUACAGGACAGAGGAAGAACCCAUCAUAAAGCAAAGAAUUGAAUCCCAUUAAAUACUCAAGAACAAAAUCCCUUGAGAGGGAAUUGAUCAAAUUACUAAGACAAAGGAGUUCGGUCAAAUUGCUUUCAAAGGUUUACUGACGGCAAGUAGGAUCAAGUUCAUUGGGGACUUUUUUCUUUCUUUCUUUCCUUUUCUUUUUUUUUUUUUUUUUGUGAGCAUCAAGAAAAUUUGUACUCUCUAACCCAAAGUUAGUCCUCUUCUUAGUUAAAGUAUUUUUAUCA